AAAAUAAUACUGAUAAAGAAAAUUGCAGAAUUGACGAUAAUCCAGUGUUAAGGUACUAUGAAUCAAUAAUAUGAUAAACAUAAAAUAAUUCCAGAAGUCGAGGCGUGAACGACGUGAAUUAAAACGAUGGACAAAGCUCGAAAAUCAGACCCGAAAAAUCCAAGCGAACCAGAAAUACCUGCAGUUUCGAGAUCAGGACGCAUUAUAAAGAAGUCGACUAAAUUACUCGGCUUCGAGUCUUCAGAUAUACCAGAAGAAAAAGAAAAAACACCAAAGUCAUCGAAACAAAAUUCAAAACGCCAAUCGUCUAACCACGAGCCACUUGAUCAAUUCAAUGACGAUGAUAACAGCAUGGAAUUUCUAGAAGAACAACAGAAUACAGAGAGUGGAGAGUGGACUGUUGAUAUUAAAGCUUAUGACGACACAGAGCCCAGCGGUACUUCUGUUUCAGUAGGAGAACACAACCAAUUUAUGUAUGCUCUCAAAAACUUAAGUAUGAAAGAACCCGGAUUUGUUGCAUAUGCGUUAUGGGCUAAAGAAGUACGCAAAACUUUGAUGAACGCUUAUCCAAAUUCUAGUACUUCACAAAUUAAUCAGCAGCUCAGAGAUAUGUGGAAAUCUGUACCGACGGAAGACAAAAGUCGGUGGAUACGGAAAGCAAAGAGAUUAUUAGAACGUGAAGGUGUAGAAAUCACUGACACAAAUGACUCUAAAGUAAUAGCCAAAAAACCAAGUGCAGAAAUGAUGGAUAGUAUUAUGGACAGUAGUAGUAACAAAAACAAAAUCAAAUCUGAACCUCUAAGAUCAACGCAACCUAUUGAUGUAGCAGCUCAUUUGGCAUUACUUGGUGAAUCAUUAGGUAUAAUAGGCCAAAGAUUAAAAGAACACCAAGGUCAAAUAGCAGUGAAUGGUAGUGUAUCGGUCCUUUUGGAUUCUCUAUUAUGUGCAUUAGGACCUCUACUUUGUCUCACUCAACAAGUUACAGAAUUAAAUGUCAACUCCCAAGAUACUAUGUCUAGACUAAUGGAUGAUAUAGCUUAUAUAAUGCCAGGCUUAUAAGAAAUUGAAUUAUGAACUAUUAAUAAUAAUUUAUUUAUACUUUCAAUUUACGUUAAAUAUGUAAUGUUAAACAUUGUACGAAUAGUGUACAUUAUGUUUAUCAUAUAAAAAUACUUUUGGCAAAUGAUUUAUUUUUAUUUUUUAGUACAAAUAAUUUUGCGUAGUCACUUUUAAUUGAUUAACAAUUAGUAGUACGUAAAAUAUGUGUAAAAUACGGGUAUAUUUCUGCUUAGAACUAUUGUAUGGCCUUCAAAAUGUAGGCCCCAAUUGUUUUUUGUCAAAAGUUCUCCAUAUGUUUUCCUGUCUAAAGUAGUUUUAAACCAUGUAAUAUCUUCUAUAUGGUUGUAAUAUUUUUAUAAUUUUUUUUUUUUUUUUUAUAUAUAGUAAGAAUAAUGAAC